AUGCCCACCUCAGAAUUCCCACGGAACCUUUCCUUGCCAGACUACGCGUUCGUGAAGGGGAACUUCGACGUCACACCUGACAUCAAACGAGACUUUGAUGAGAAUGGCUACGUCAUCAUCAGGGGUAUUCUGGAUAAACAGGAGAUUGCGAAACUACGACAAGCGUUAGAGUUGGAGGAUGGAGUGAAGAAAAAUUCGUACGAGAUUCCCGACGGGUCCGGGAGGAACGUUCGUCUCUGUAUCUGGAGACACCCCGGAAAUGACGUCACAGCGAUGAUAGCCAGGAUGGAGAAAACGGCGGGGUUCAUGGGAAAGUUCCUGGGAGGAGAAGUGUACCAUUACAGCAGCAAGUUGAUUCAGAAGGAACCACACACAGGAGGACAAUUCAACUGGCACCAGGACUAUGGCUAUUGGUACAAGAGUGGGUGCCUGUUCCCGGACAUGGGAUCCCUGUACAUCGCCAUCGAUAAAACAGACAGGGAGAACGGUUGUAUGCAGGUACUGUCCGGCUCGCACAAGCUGGGCCGUAUUGACCACACGUUUGUGGGCGGGCAGCAGGGGGCGGACCUGGAGCGGGUCAACCACGUCAGGAAGCUGUUCGAUCUGGUUCACCUGGAGCUGGAUGCAGGUGACGCGUGUUACUUUCACUGCAACCUGCUGCACUGCAGCGGACAGAACAACUCCGCUAGGCGGCGCUGGGCCAUCAUCACAUCUUACAACCGCGCCACUAACAACCCCGUACCUGAGGAGUCCCACCCCUGGCCGCUGUACACACCUAUACAGAUGGUACCAGACGACGCAUUGGUGAAAUGUGAAAACUUCACAGACCUGAGCGGCAAGGCGUUCGUCGACCCAGCCUCCGACAAAACUGUCAAAGUUGACUCCAACUCGCUCCAGAAGUAGUGGCCAACAUAAGGGAAAGGCAGCUCCCAAAUUUAUAUCAUUUUGAUAAAUACGUUAAGGUAUACUGAGACUGCUGUCCGAUAAUAUCACAAAUUAAAGGAUUUUGCAUAAACAGCAUUUACAUGAAAUUUGUCAAAAGGUUGAUUCUUUCAACCUGCGACAGCCAUAUCAGUAUCAAUACAAAUUACAAGAAGCAAACAUCCACAAGGAUAGAUUACUAAGUUUGCACUAAGUAAAAUUUCAAUAAGGCUUAUAGGCCACAUCUGCAGACUGUGAAUACGUCCAGUUCGUAUUGCGGUUCUAACGUACUAAGUACUACAAAUGCGAACAAGUUCGGAAAAGAGCUAAAAGAGUGGAGAAUAAAAGAUCGAUGCGGAUUCAAAAUGUUACCAGCUGUA